GCGGGUUCAAUCCCAGGCAGCCGACGAAUACCCUGAUCUUGAUUAAUUUCUCGUGUUUCGAUUCACGCAGAGGACGUGUUGGAAAAUAGAGGAAAUAGAAAAAGAAAAUCCCGGGGCAUGACAAAAGGGCACAAAUGUCUGAAUAAGUGAAGAUAAGUGACUUUAUUUCAGGUUAGAAAAUAACAUAACACUGAAAAGGAAGGUGUGUGAAUAUUGAAUAAGAAGAAGGGAGGAACGAGAGGAGGAGUGUUACAGGUCUAAAGAAGAAGAAGAGGAGGAGCUGGCAACACUGUCGUCUGUCUGUCCCCCAGUCAGCUGAGAUGGCGGCCGAGGAGGACGGGGUUUCUUUAACUCUUCUGGACCUGCCGGACGAACUACUGCUCUCCAUCCUGUGUUGUAAUGGCUUGCUGGUGCGGGACGUGUGCAGGGUGGCGUGCACGUGCUCCAGGCUGCGGGACAUCACGGACACGCAGAGGCUGUGGCGCCAUAAACUGCAGCAGAUCUGUCCGGAGAUAUGGGACUUACUGUCAUCACACCAGGGAAUCACAGACUGGCAGGAGGAGGUGAAGCAAAUAUUCUGUUUUGGAAGAGAAAUGAGGAAACUGGUGUCGGGUCUGAGCCGCAAGCUGUACCAAAACCCUCACCUCACCACGGCCGUGUACAAUGAGGUGGAUGUCAUGUUCAUCUCCACGCCCUUUGCAGCCUACUACAUGAAGUAUGCCCUCACUAAAAUUAUUGAGGAUGGAGCCCAACACCCCAGAAAACCAGUGGCUGUUGAUAGUCACCAGGCGGAACACCAGCCACUGCCAGCUCCUCCGCGCCCUAACUGGCUGCGAGUGUUCCCAAGACCAGGCGGCCCCUGCACCGCCUCCUCUCAAAGAUACACAAACCUGACUGAGAAGUAUUAUGCCCUGAGGGUGAUAAGCCACGUGCACCAGGGGGUGUGCAGGAGGGAGUGGCAGGAGUUCCUGGCACAGCCCUCAGACCAGCAGUCCCUGGAGGUGGGCAGUAUGCUGCUGGCCCGCUGGUUCCAGCCCCACACCAACGUCACCAUCAAGCAGAUGGUUGCUGAGAUUGACCAGAUAGCCGAGAUGUGUCGCAGCAAGUUACGCACCGCUGUGCCUGACCACCCUGCUGUCCUGGCCCCGCUGGUCCCCUCAAGUGAGAAGCUGCCAAACUCAAAGUGGAACCGGGAGAGGUGUCAGCAGCUCUUCAUGUGUAUCAAUGAUGUCUUGUAUAAUCAACUCAAAUUUGAGGGGAACAGCCAUGACUACUACAACCUCAACAACUCCCUGCUGAACGAGGUGCUCAGCUCCAGGACGGGCAUCCCUAUCACCCUCAGCAUCUUGUAUCUGGCUGUGUGUCACCGCUUCGGCAUCCUCCUUGAACCCGUCAACUUCCCAACACACUUCCUGGUGCGCUGGAAUGUACCGGGGACAACAGACUACAAGUACAUUGACGCGUUUGACAAGGGUCGACUCUUCAGUCCCACGGAGAGUCUGUCCGGAGUUCCCCUGCUGGCAAGCCAUGGUGACAUGUCACAGUUCUCCUGUGGGGCACUGCAGGUGUUUCAGAGGAUGAUCAGGAACAUCAUGAAUGUGGCACAGAUGCAAGCCAACCUCUCCAACCACAUGGAGCUGUACUGCCCGGCCACGGAACUGCUGGGUCUGCUCCUCCCUGACGACCACGGUAUCCAGGAGCUGUUGUUCAGAAUCUACUACACACUGGAAAUCCACUAUGAUCGCAUUAUAGUUGGGUGUCAGAAUCUCCUGGAGCAUAACCCUUCAACCAUACUGGAGGAGAUGCUGACAGAUUGUAAACAGAUGCUGAAAAGUGAGAUUGACAUACCAAAGCCCAUCACACCCAACCCAAGAAAGGCAGGAAUCGCUUUUGCUACCGGUCUCAUCAUGCGCCACAAGGCCUACCACUACUCCUGUGUCAUAUUUGGCUGGGAUGAGGAGUGCAAGAUGCCGGUAGACUGGGUGAGGCGGAUGGGCGUGGACUCCCUGCAACACAAGGGCAAGCAGCCGUUCUACAAUGUGCUGGUGCAAGAUGGCUCUCACAGAUAUGCUGCUCAGGAGCAUCUGUUGGUUAAUGAAGAGCCAGUGCCAAUCGGUCACCCAGACGUCGGCAAGUACUUCAAGGAGUUUACCGGGACGCACUACAUCCCCAACGAUGAGCUGGAGCAGCAGUACCCAGGGGAUGGACGCGUCAGGAACAACAUCCUGAGGGAGCGGGGAUUCUUAUAGCAGUCCGGGCGAGUCACUAGCUGUAAAAGAAUCAUGAUUUCGUUAAGGAAUCUGAUAUUUCAUUUCUAAGCAAUCAGCUGUGGAGUGAACAAUAGCACUCCCUCAGUUCUUUCCUUCCCUCUGUGAGAGAAGGAAAGCUCAGCCACAAAUUUAGACACCACCAGAUGUCUUAUUUGGUCUACAUUGGAGUGUUGAGUUGCAUAUUUGUAUCAUUUCAUCCUUUACUCUUGCUAAUUGGACUGUUUCCUAACCAUUAACCCGGUAGCAGCGGGGAUCAUGUUUCUUAAUGGUCCCUCCAAGCGAGAAAAAAUUGAAAAAAUCACCCCUCACACAAACCAUUUGAUAAUAUAUAUCAAAGCAUUUGUGAUCAGAUUAUGUAUCAUCUAUUUUGGGGGGUUUAUAUCAUGGCACAAAUUUGGCCCGUCGCUGCUACCGGGUUAAUACUACUAUGACUGUUACACACAAAGAUGCAAGACUACUUGAGGCUAAACGACCUACACAGGGCAGCUCCAGCUAAAGGAUUAUUGAUAGUGAUGAGAAUGUGUGCACUGAUGCUUUAUACUCUUUCUUUUUGUGGGGACAAUUCUGUUUUAGUAUUUUGUGUAAGUGCAGGUAAUAUUUGAUAACACACUUCUGGAGGGUAUUUGCCCCACCUAGGCUUUCCUUUGUGUAUAUUUGUCUUUCUACUAAAACUUUGUGUUAGAUUUAUAUGUUUGAUUUAUAUUUACUAUUUAGACACACCACUUCCAGUCAUGUCAUCUGCAGGUCAGUGUAAGAGUAGCAAAACUUUUUCAGGUUUGCCUCUAAAUAAAUCCCAUUUUUCUAGUUUGCCUCUGCACAUCUUUUUAUCCUUUGCCUUCAACUAAGUGCUCUCAUGUUACAUUGUAUUGAACUCAAAGCAAUGUGAGAUUUCAUAGUUGCAGCAAGGACAUUAGAAAACAUGCAAUUUACAUAUAAAAUUUUAAGGCUACAGAAAAUUCAAGGAAGCUGUGGUAAAGAGGCUUUGCAGUAGGAAAAUAAUGUCUCAAAUUAUAAAGGCAAAGAUGGGGGCAUACGCUGUAGUACUCGCUGCCUUCAGUGAUUGUCUUUAGCUGAUCUGGGAACAGUGAUAUAGCUUUGGCAUCAGCCUCUGCUGGUUACCCAAUACUGAUAAAAUUUCAAGUUUAUAGCAUUUGACAACACAAUGAAACUAAACUUUUCUAUAGUGAAACCAAAUUGUCAAGUCCGUUUGGGCGUUGGCUCCCGCGGGUCCAUUUCUCCCCUCUGCUCUGCCACACAGUCCCAACACCUAUUUUUUCCUCUCAUAUGUUACCUGUAGCUUACAUAUGAGAGGAAGAGAUAGGUGUUGGGACUGUGUGGCAGAGCAGAGGGGAGAAAAGGACCCAUGGGAGCCAACGCCCAGACAGACUCAACAGUUUGGUUUCACUAUAGACUUUAAUUCUCUUCUUUCACCCUCUUCAAGAUCAUUUAAGAAGGGAGGUUCAUGACGGCCAGGUGCUUUCUCUCCCCACAGUAUCAAUCCUCAGGAACAUUCUUGGCACCAUGUCCUCCAGCCACACAUAAACCCGGUAGCUGCGGGGAUCAUAUUUCUUAAAGGCCCUUCCCUCUAAGAGAGAAUAAAGGGAAAAAAAUCAUCACUCACGUCAACCAUUUCGUAAUAUAUAUCAACACAUUUGUGAUCAGUUUGUGCAUCAUCUAUUUUGGGGGGGUUUAUAUCAUGGCAAAAAUUUGGCCCGUCGAUGGUACACAGUACAGCCACAAAUUUGGCCCGUCGCUGCUACCGGGUUAAAAGCUUUGCCUGUCUUUGAAAGCGGGUAUCACAAACUAAAGACACCACUUUUACUGCUUCUGGCACAACACAAACUAGCUCUUAUUACUCUCUCUAUCACAAAUCAUGCAUAUUCUAGAUUAACUCUUUCCAUAUUAGCACUAGACUUCCACGAGCAACACACUACAACUAAACCAGUAUUUUCACUAUCACUCACAUUAGUAAGCAUGUAAUGACCCCUCUUUGGCCUAGAGAGAGUACCAUCAACUUUCCUUUGCCUCGGGGGAGUCAUAUCACUAAUCUGGAAGUUAACCCGGUAGCAGUGGGGAUCAUGUUUCUUAAUGGUCCCUCUAAGCAAGAAAAAUGGGAAAAAAUCACCCCUCACACAAACCAUUUCAUAAAAUAUAUCAAAGCAUUUGUGAUCAGAUUAUGUAUCAUCUUUUUGGGGGGGUUUAUAUCAUGGCACAAAUUUGGCCCGUCACUGCUACACGGUAAUGCCACAAAUUUGGCCCGUCGCUGGUACCGGGUUAAGGAAAGCGCAGCAAAAUUACAUGUUUGAAGUCAUAUGAUUGAGCUAACAAAGUGAGCACAAAGACUGAUAUAGGGGGUGAAUACACUAAUUUAUCCUCUUCAUGGACUACCACUAACACACACCACGUAUAGGCUCAAAGUUCAGAGAUGUGGGUGGCUGGCUGGUUGGUUCACAAGUAACUGGCCUCCCUUGACCAGAAGCCGCCCUAGCCAUUCUAGCUAAUGUUGAUAUAUGCAUAUGAGGGUUGAGGAGACAAGAUCUUUUAGUACAGGGGACAGCUAGACUACCAUUGGAAGUCUUGCUAGGUUAGGUAUAUUUGUGUUCCUUUUAACCCAGUAGUAGCGGGGAUCAUGUUUCUUAAUGGUCCCUCCAAGCGAGAAAAAUGAGAAAAAAUCACCCCUCACACAAACCAUUUCAUAAUACAUAUAUAUCAAAGCAUUUCUGAUCAGAGUAUGUAUCAUCUAUUUUGGGUGGUUUAUAUCAUGGCACAAAUUUGGCCCGUUACUGCUGCACGGUAAAGCCACAAAUUUGGCCUGCCGCUGCUACCAAGUUAAUCCAGAGUAUAUUGAAGGAAAGCUAUAUUGUUGUUGUUGUUAUUAUUAUUAUUAUUAUUAUUAUUAUUAUUAUUAUUAUUAUUAUUAUUAUUAUUUUAGUAGUAGUAGUGGUGGUGGUGGUAGUUGCAUUUUCUCAUCCCAUACAUAACUUUGCCCUAUCACCUCCUUUCCAUAUUAUUUCACUCUCUUACUGUACGAGGCCUCAAUCUCUCAGCUCCCUCUUGCCCACCUUAACCCGGUAGCAGCGAGAAAAAUGAGAAAAAAUCACCCCUCAGACAAGCCAUUUCAUAAUAUAUAUCAAAGCAUUUGGGGGGUUUAUAUCAUGGCACAAAUUUGGCCCGUCGCUGCUACACGGUAAAGCCACAAAUUCAGCCCGUCGCUGCUACCGGGUUAAUAUUCUAACAUUCUAUACCCAUUCUUUCCCUCCAUGGCUGAUAAUUUCCCUUCAAAUCUGCCCCUCUAUAUAAUUUCUUACUGACACUCACAAUUUCUAGAACACAUUUCCAUAACAUACUACUUGCACCCCUGUCUCUACCAAUGGCUCAAAAUCUUUUCCUGGCUCUGGCUCUGCUGGGAAACAUAUUUUCAACAGACAUGAACUGGACAUCCUGCCAUACAAAGAAUCAUGGAUAUGUAUAUGCUCUGUGAAACCUACUUUUUUGUACAAUAAAUACUAUUUCCUUUUA